CUCGUCUUAAUUCUCUACAUGGAGUCAUUUGUGAAUCAAUCGCGAACUUAUAGGCUCUUAACACAAUAUAUAAUCUAGCAUCAAAGUGCUUUGGUGGCUUCAACAUAGCGAAUCUCAGUUCUAUCUACUAAUAAAAGCAAACGGACCAAGAACCAAAAUGUCCACCAACCCUAACCACCCUGAAAUCCACAAAGUCCUAUUCGACGAAGGCUUGAAAGUCCGGCGCGAAGUAGUCGGCGAUGACUAUGUUGAGCGCGCCCUCGCCAACGGCUCUACUGAAUUCUCACGUCCCGGCCAAGAACUUGUCACGGAAUUCUGCUGGGGGUAUGCGUGGACUCGCCCGGGACUGGAGCGCAAGCAGCGUUCACUCAUAAAUAUCGGCAUGCUGAUGGCUCUGAACCGAUCACCUGAGCUGGCAGUGCAUGUGCGAGGUGCUGUACGGAAUGGGUUAACAGAAACCGAAAUUAGAGAGGCCAUUCUGCACGCUACAACUUAUGUCGGCGUGCCGGCUGGCGUGGAGGCAAUGAAAGUCGCAGAGAAAGUGCUGGACGAGAUGGUGGCAAAGGGGGAGCAUGUUCGAGAACUGGGAAAGAAGGCUGAUGUAUAAGCAUUGAUAUAAGCAUUGAUGUAGGAUGGGGGUUGCAUAUAAAGACAGACAGCGCGCCUCAGGCAUCAUCAUCGUCCACAAACACCACUCAACACACCCCGUACAGAUGGCAUUGUCAAUUAGAUAGCUCAUGAAUACACAUCAUUUUUCAUACAGCUAGUCAUUCUAAUACUAACUAGAACGAUAUCCUUUAUCAUGUCAUCUGACGUAGUCCUACGUCAAUGCCAUCACCGCAAUGUAACAGCCAAAUGGAACUAAUUGCACGUAUUCUGCGAUGUAACGAUAGCCUACUGAAAAUAAGAGCAAAUUACAGCGUUAUGAUCGUGAGUACAAGAUGGGAUGAAAAGGAACUUAAAAAGAUGAAGCGAGGGAUCCGAGGAUCGAUAUCGGCACCCAAUCGGUGUGGGUGCCAUGCUGCACCCCGGUCUAAUUUAUACUCUACCU